AUGACUUACCUACCUAGGUGCCUCGAAAUUCCAUCUUCCUCCCUCGCACACGAACGAAAACCCAGUGUUUCCCUUAGCUCCAGGGAGUUGGAGGGGGAGGGGGUGAGACGCAGAGACAAAGAAUUUUUCCAUCCUGCGCUCUGUGUGGGAAACAAUACGCGACUAUUCCCAGAGUCGUCUUGGGAUUCGCGCAAGGCACGAAUGGAUCAGCCUGCAGCGGCCGCGACGGUGCAGGUCGACAGUUGCCAAUCGAUCCUCAAUGCGUGUCUUCCAUUGCCAUUUGCACAGUGCAGAGUCUUACAGAACGAGCAAAACGAUCCGACUUGGGAAGCAUCCAUCCAGGAAGGGCCUUGCACGGCCAGAGGGCUAGCCCCCGACCACGUGGAAUGGAUCGAGACACAGAAGGCUUUGGCGAGCACGCUUUUCCGUGGAGGAAGACAACGCUGUGGCUUGUGGUUGUCCCCUGCGCUGCCCUGCGCUGCCAGUGCCAGUACCGUAUAUACCGAUUUUCUUGUGGACCCUGAAUCUGUCUCCCUGGUAGACGCUCGUAACGCUCCGACAUGUUGA